GUAACGGCCUUCUUUUACCUUCAGGUCGUCUAAACUAUUCAUAUCCAGGAUCCGAUAGCUCUCUGCUUAUUAAUGGUCAGUCUUCCCUGUUUCCAAUGGAAGAUGGAUUCUUGGAUGAUGGCCGUGGGGAUCAACCUCUUCAUAGUGGCCUGGGUUCACCUCACUGCUUCACUCACCAGAAUGGAGAGAGAGUGGAACGAUAUUCUCGCAAGGUGUUUGUGGGCGGAUUACCUCCUGACAUCGAUGAAGAUGAGAUCACAGCCAGUUUUCGUCGCUUUGGCCCUUUGAUUGUGGAUUGGCCUCAUAAAGCAGAGAGCAAGUCCUAUUUUCCUCCUAAAGGCUAUGCAUUCCUGCUCUUUCAAGAUGAAAGCUCUGUUCAGGCUUUGAUUGAUGCAUGUAUUGAAGAAGAUGGAAAACUCUACCUGUGUGUAUCGAGUCCCACUAUCAAAGAUAAGCCAGUGCAGAUCCGGCCUUGGAAUCUCAGUGACAGUGACUUUGUGAUGGAUGGUUCACAGCCUCUUGACCCACGAAAAACUAUAUUUGUUGGUGGUGUUCCCCGACCAUUGCGAGCUGUGGAGCUCGCCAUGAUAAUGGAUCGUCUCUAUGGAGGCGUGUGCUACGCCGGGAUUGACACGGACCCUGAGCUGAAAUACCCAAAGGGAGCUGGGCGAGUCGCAUUCUCUAAUCAACAGAGUUACAUAGCUGCUAUCAGUGCCCGCUUUGUUCAGCUGCAGCAUGGAGAGAUCGAUAAACGGGUGGAAGUUAAGCCAUAUGUCCUGGAUGAUCAGCUGUGUGAUGAAUGUCAGGGGGCCCGCUGUGGUGGAAAGUUUGCUCCGUUUUUCUGUGCUAAUGUCACCUGUCUGCAGUAUUACUGUGAAUAUUGCUGGGCUGCUAUUCAUUCUCGUGCUGGCAGGGAAUUCCACAAGCCCCUGGUGAAGGAAGGCGGUGACCGUCCGCGACAUAUCUCAUUCCGCUGGAACUAAAGGGUAACUACAGCGCUCGUUUUCAGGCCUCAGAAUGAGUGCGCUCUUCUGUUCAUUCUGACCCCUUCCUCGACCUCCUCACACUGGCAUGUCCUUUUGUCGCAGCCCAUAACUUAACAACAGUGUAAUGAAAAGAAUGACCUAUGAUAUAGGUGUUUUGUAGAUUCUCGUGUCACUGAAAACAGUAUGUACGACCCCCUUUUUCGUAUUUGCCAUCGUGUUGCACGGAAGUUUUAUUCUCUUGUUUUGCUGGAGACCAAGAGGAUCCAAAACUUCCCGUAACAUUUUCUUAGAGGAGAAAGAGAACUAUUAAAAAGAGAAAUGAAACAAUAGAGUAUUUUGGGUUUUUAAUUAAAUUAUUGUUAAUAAUAUAACAUAUAAGAAUACUUUUAUUAAAAUUAACCACGCAACGAUAACACUAUCAUUCUGUCCUGACACAGUUUUUCCCCCCAGAGAAGUGCUUUUGCCUUUUCCUUUCUUUUUUUGCCUCUCUUUUUUUCCAUCCAAUCCCCCCUCCCCCGCCCCCGUUUUCUUCGUUAACAGCAGUGGAGGAAGUUAACAAUUAUUAACAGGAAAGAGCAUGUUAAAGCAAACACAGAUGCAUGAGCAAGAUCGAAGCAGCAUUAGAACAAAUGGUAAGGGGUUCGAGGCCGAAUAGAAUUUCAUUGGCGCCUCAGAGUUACUACCACCGCAGGAAAAAAAAAAAAACAAAACAACAUAGAAAAGUAGGCAGAGCUAGGUUUAUUUUCUUUUCAACCAUUUAAAAAACUUUAGGAUGUAAAAAAUUGGGUAAAUGUACUACUGAGGGGAGUGCACUUAUUUAUUUUUUAACUUCCUCGUCUGGUCACGGCCCCAGGAAGCCUACCAAAGCUAGAAUUAAUGAAAACUGGUGGGAAAACUAGCAUUUCCUCUCCCGAAGAACAAAUGUAUAAAUUUUAUUUUUGAUGUUCUGUAUAAACUCUAUAUCCUAAUUUACUCACACUCAUCAGGUGUCAGCCUUUGCUCUCCAUUUUGACGUUAAAAAAACAAAAACAAAACAAAGCAGAACGGACCUACAGAUACCUCAAGGAUAUCAUUUUAGAUUUUGUGUUACCAUACAAUUGUAGCCCAAACUGGGAAACGAAACCAAUAUCCAAAUUGGCUGCCGAUUGGCUUCCUUUUAGACUUCAAGUUGCUUUGGGUAUCCUGUAAUUUAGUUGUAACAUAGAAAAUGAAAAAAAAAAAGUUAAAAAAAAAGUUAAGUAGUUGCAGAGUGUUUUGCACUGUUGAACUAAGUAACUGUGUAAAUCUGUGCAAAGGUACGUAUGUUUAUCUUACUCUUCCUAUAAAAUAAAAUAACAUUACCGUUUCAGAACUUAGCAUGGGACAUAGUCAGUGUUUGAAGUGCCAACUUCAUCAAGUAAUGCAUGCUUUAUUAUACAUAAAAUUCUAGCUUCGAAAGGCGUUAUUAUGUGUUGAACAGUACGCUUCGGGGGUAAAUCUCAAAAUCGUCCCUCGAAGCCCUGGUCAUGGAAAAUAACUUUUAGUUUAAUUGACAUUCUCUUAGUAAAUGCCCUACCCACCACGAAAAGGAUUAUCAUCAGUGUGCAAAACAUUGACAAAAAAACAAAACAAAUCCAGUGGCGAUCUUGCUAGUUGUGCUACCUAACAGUACCAUCUUGGAUCCUUCAAAACCAAAGACUUGCCCCAGCACUACGGUGGAACCACCCGGCUGAUGGCCCCUAGCGAUUAUCUUUAGGAAAAGCAGUCCUUUAGUUUGAACACGGGCUUCGUUGAACCGUAUACCUGUUAAGUUCCAAAGGUCAAAAUGGAGGCAGAUGCUGUCUAAUGGUCAAGCAUAGAAAGGGACCUGCUUGUAGAGAAUUCCCCGCAAGUCCGGAAAGCAGUCAUGCAAACGGAGGGUGCUCGUGUAGCUGGUCAGGGACUUUUUUUUUUUUCUUCUUUUCUUUU